CUGGCUUAUUUCAGUUUAUGAUAUAUGUCAUAUAACAGCAGGUGCGUUAUUGAAGAGUUUCAUUCAUGAUUACUGGCUGUCAAUCAAAACACACGUCACAACGAAGCUUCCAUAGCAAAUGCGUUAAAACCAAUAACUCGGAAUCACAAAGAAAAGGAAAUUUUAGUGAAUACAACGAAUUCAAGCAAAAAAAAAAUCCAUCAACAGACAAUGAAGUCCUCGCUUGAAAACGCCAGUAAUCUUUCUGAUACAGGAGAAGAAAUGGCGCUGAGAUUUCAACGUGCACGAAAAGCUUGGAAGCUGCCUUCUCUCUUGCUAUUUUUAACAGUUUUCCUGUCUGUCUGUGCUGCCAUCUUUAGCCACCUCGAAAGUGAAAAUGAUCAAGCUUUAUAUCAGGAAUAUCAGAAGCGAAAAAACCUCUAUGUCGAAAAAUACAAUAUGAGUGAGGAAGAGUUUUAUCAGAUAAUGGUGGAUUUAACUGUCAUGAAGAAAAAGGAAUUUUACUCUUCGUAUAGAGACGACUGGGGAUUCUAUCAUUCGUUCUGGUUCGUUAUUACAGUCAUUACUACUAUGGGUUUUGGUCAUACCGUACCAGUAACGCUUGGUGGUCGGUUCUUCUGUAUCGUCUGCGGUCUUCUUGGGAUUCCCCUCAACCUGCUUGUCCUCAGGAAUGUGGGGGGAAGAAUCUCCAAGCUUAUCACCGAGGUCAUCAGUAAGUCGGAAAGAAAAUGGAGGCGAAUGGACAAGAAUCCGAAAUAUCGUAAAGUUAAAUGUGCUACUGUCUCCUUCUCAUUAAUGGUUACCUUCAUUUUGAUUGGUGGAGCCCUAGAUACCAUAUUCGAUGGCUGGACCUUCUUUGACGGAGUUUAUUUCAACUUCAUUGCUCUGAGUACCAUCGGGUUUGGAGACCUUUUCCCGAGAGUCGAUUCGGCUACGAAGUUAAAUCGAUUGGGUGACAAUGGCAAGCGUAUCUUUGUGUCAUCGUUGAUGCUGAUCUACAUGAUCAUCGGACUGUCUAUUACCUCUUCUGUGAUUCUGUCCAUUCUGAACGUGUUUGAAGAAGUUUCUCACAUUGAGGUCCAAUGGAAUCGAAAGGGAACAGUACAAAGCCUUGAAUCUGUGUUUCAACUGCGCAAGUCCAAAAGUACAAAAUCACUUGACCAACAAGACAAAAGAGCGCCAAAUGUUGUCAUCACUUCGGCCGCACUAGAAGAUAUCCAUGAACAUAUUAGUAAUGGUGGUUUUGAUGGCAAGAGUGAUCAAUAUGGUACUGAUCAAGGCAUGCAAACAUGCUUUUAAAGAAAGCACAAAGCGGAGUCAUGGAUAAAAUUCAUUUUACCGUACUCUCUGAACGAAUGGAAACAGAGUGGACCAGCCGGCUUUGACUUUAAAACAGACGUGUCAUAUACAACACAAAGAUGUUAAUGAACCUCUAUUCUUGGAGUGCAUGUUACGUCAUACGUCAUGUUGGUUGACUAUAAAAAGCAUUCCUCAUUAAGCUUCUCUCGUUAGAUCAACCAAGAUGGCGGCGGUUUCAUUGUUGUUUAUAUCAAGGGAUUUUUCGGUCACGUGCUUGCACUCCAAGAAUCCCACGAUGACUUGACAAGAAAAAGGUCUCCCAUCAAAGACAACAAUGAAUAUUGUAGUCAAGCUAUGACAAUAGCAACUUAAAAAGUAAGAAUAGGAUAAAGAGAGAGAGAGAGAGAAAGAAUCAUAAGUGAAACGUUUAUAUAUCAAAAUUAAUAAUUUAAAAUAAUAAAAAAAAAGAAUUUGAAAAAUAUACUUGGCAUAGAUAUGCAUGAAAGAGGUUAUGAAAGUAGAACUACAGCUACAGCAAACAUUACGA